AUGGAGAUUAUACUGGCUUUACUCGUUGCAGUCCAAUAUAUGUCAGUUGUGUCUCCAACAGAAUCCGGUGUUUUAAUGUACAUUAAGGCUGGAACAAUUCAAUAUUUGUACGAUAUCUGGGAAAAUGCGGACAUUGCUGAUAGAAUCAAUCCUUACAGACAUCUUCUUCCGGUCAAUAAACUUCUCAAUGACGUCUACUUCCGGAGCCCUCUUAUUGAAAGCUGGGACACACUGGAGGUAACUUCGGUUAAGCUGACAUUUUACAACUCUGAGAAGGAAUAUAUGGGAGAUUAUCACUUCAAAGACAAUGGCUUCCUGGACAAAGAUUUCUUACAAACCUACUUGUUGCAGUCAUACCAGAAAAUGAUCGUUGAAACUGACUUGUACUAUGGGCCGGAUAUAUACAUUCACAGUUCUGGUUAUGAUGAUCGAUUUUCCUUUAUGGCACUACAGAUAACAAACGAUCUCUCACCAUUUAAAGGAAACCAAUUCAUCAUGAGUGCUAAUGAUCACUUAAAUUAUCUGACAAGAUUUAACAAAAGUGCAGCCGUUCCCGCUUACGCUGACACCAGAAAACAAUCAAAUGCGUAUUAUAUAAAACAAAAUAGUGCGGUUCCAUUUAAGUAA